AUGGGACGAUAUGAAUUACCCAGAAUGUAUGUGGCAAGGGCAGACCCCGCGCUGGCAACGCCGGCGGUUGGUCGUCUGCUCGUAUUGAUCUAUUCAAAUGGCCGCCAUGACUGGGUGUUGAAGUUGCCUACGCUGCUGGAAGAUAUUGGGUUUGAGAGGCCGCACCUGGACUAUUUUCUGGAUCGCGUGGAACUUGCUACCGCGAAUGGAGAGCAGCAUCUGGCUACUAUGGAGGGGUUUCCACUCUCUUUGGAGAGGAAGGACAUGGUGUAUGAUGCGGAGAUUUUACGGCAGCUGCUGAAGGAUCUUGUCGUAGAGGCGGUUUAUGGUGUGGCUUUAUCGAUGCCGCGGGUUGUAGUUGUUGCGCAGAAGGUGUACCAGUAG